ACGCAAAGCGAUUCCCGGAAGCAAAAGCAUUCCUAUUUGCGGGAAAUUAGAAUUUUUGUGAUAUGUGAAUUAUAGAGUUUGCUCCCACAGAAUCGCUGUCAACAAGUGUGAACAACCCUGUUGUAUACAACUUUAGAUCCCCCAUAUGUGGACAGAUUACAACAUGGCACUAUUCAACAUGUUCCCCAUGACGUCCCCAUGGAUGCUGCCCACACACGCUGACCUUGACCAGGUCAAGAAGAUGGCCCAGGAUAAGCCGUCAGGAGUAAUUGUUACUGGCAGUUCAGCAGUGGGUAAGACAAGCCUGCUGUUUCAAUGUGCUGUAACACAUGCUACUGAGAACCAGACCGUGACCUUCAUCUGCCGCCACCCCCUGUCCCGCCUGCCCCUCCCUGUACACGGGAUGCCCACCCCGGACCCCUCAGUGCUGCAGGCUGUCAAGUUCGUAUACCUUUCUGAUGCGAGCGAGCUGAUUGGAUGGUGUGCCAACAUACACAUGACAAGUUGUCUCCCCGAUGUGGUCAUUAUAGAUGAUAUCGACCUGUAUGCCAGUGAUAUCAAGAAGCAUGGCACGGAACAUGACACUGCCACAGUUCUGGCGAUGGUGGUUGAUGCUGCUGCAUACAUCCGACAGAAGAAUGGAUCCUGCAGUCUGGUGAUGUCAACUGGGGAUGGGGUCAAGGCGGUUCACUCCAUGGGCACACAGUUCCACCUGACUGUCAACCAUGUUCAAGCCUCCAAGGAUGCUGCUAUGGAGUUCAUGUUGAGCACCCCAGUGAGGGAGAGAGGGAAGCUGUGUGUCACAUACGCCAUGGACAGUUCGGUCAUCAGAGUGAGACACCUUCAUCUUGAGACACCUGCUGGAACACCUGACUGAGGCUCUGACAGCUGUGUGUCACAUGCGGAGUGGGCAAGCGGUCAAAAGCGCCAGGUGCUGAGAUCGUAUCCCGCUAGUGACUGGGUUGUUAUUCAGCCUUGGGACUAACAAUGUUUACAGGUCUUAACAGUGUUGCCACUACCCCUAGUGUACAGUACACACACCCUGUUUAUUUAAAAGAACCCACUUGUCCGAUGGUAGACGGCAGAUCACAAGUGUCAAAAUGUGUAGUGUCACUAUGGGCAAGUGACUUAGUUCAAAUGUACCUCUGUUCAACCAGCAGGGAUUGGGUACCUGACAUGUGAGGUGGAUAAAAAAACCUUCUUGCGUCCCUAGGCAGCUUGGUUGUAUACUCCCCAGGGAGGUAAGAAUGAUAGCUGGGAUGCAAAUGGAUCCACUGGUUGGGGAACAAAUAAAACCGAACUUGAGAUUCCGGGGUAGAAUAGGUCUUCAGCAACCCAUGCUUGCUGUAAAAGGUGACUAUGCUUGUCGUAAAAGGCGACUAACGGGAUCGGGUGGU